UGUGUUGCUGGAAGGCGAGCUUCCGGUGUGCUGAGAUCUCAAUCAGAAGUCAAUUCGAUUCGGUUUUACCGCCUCUCCUCCGUGAGUAGGACGGGCUUAUCACGGCAAUACACAACUGUUUCAGUGACUGAACGAUGGCAGUGAACCUAAGCAAAAAUGGCAUUGCCCUGACAAAUGCCUACAAGGAGGUGGUAGAUGAGAAAUCCAACACCAAUUGGGCAUUGUACACCUACGAGGGGAACACUAAUGAUAUCCGAUUGGCAGAGAAGGGAGAUGGUGGACUGGAGGAACUGGUGGAGGAACUUAGCAGCGGGAAAAUUAUGUACGCGUUCUGUCGUGUCCAGGACCCAAACUCUGGCCUGUGCAAAUAUGUCCUCAUCAACUGGACUGGAGAAGGUGUGAAAGAUGCCCGGAAAGGACUAUGUGCCAAUCAUGUCAGCUCCAUGGCAAAUUUUCUCAAGGGCGCCCAUGUUACAAUAAAUGCCCGUGCAGAGGAGGAUGUGGAACCUGAGGCUAUUAUGCAAAAGGUGGGCAAGGCCUCGGGGGCCAACUAUAGCUUCCACAAAGAGUCCAACAAGUUCCGAGACGCUGGUCCCCAGGGACCUGUGGGCUCUGUCUAUCAGAAGACCAACGCUAUGUCUGAAAUCAAACGCACCAAUAAAGACAACUUCUGGGCGCAGGCAGAGAAAGAUGAGGAGAAGCGGCGACAGGAGGAGCGCUGCAAGGCAGACGAGGAGCGCCAGAAGCUGGAGAAAGACAGGAAGGAUCGAGAGGCCAAGGAGGCAACUCUCAGAGAGAAGAGAGACAAGGAAAGGGCCUCUAUGAUCGACCAGCAGAAGAAGUACCAGCAGCAGCAGGAAGCUGAGAGCAGAGAAGAUGAGAAACAACAAUGGGAGGAGCAGGAGAAGGACUUCCAGGCAACUCAGAAGAAAGGGAUGAAGCGUGGUGUAUCUGUGGAGAAAGCCAAUGAGGCAGCCAAUCUGAUCUCUCAGCGCUCUAUGAACCCCAGAGAGAUGUUCAAGCAGAGAGAGAAGGGCAUGGACACCCCUGCUGCUGCCCACGCCACUUCCAGCCCCCAGCCAGGGCGUUUGCAAAGCCCUUUUCUCUCUAAGCAACCAUGUGAGCCUGAGCCGUCCCGCUCGCCCCUGCGCCAAGCCUCCCCACUUUCUGCAGGCUCUGCCUCUCCUGUCCCUGCUGCAGAACCCAGUGUGGAUGAGCUCGUUGUGGAUGAGUCAUCCCAGUCUGAGUGCUUGGAUGAGCAGGAUGCAACCCCUGUUCAGGAUGCAGUCCCUGAGGAACAGUGGCAAGAUGAAGUGAAGGCACCAGCUCCUCCCACUCAGCACAACCAUCCCACAGAGCCAGCCCAAAAUGAUCUCUAUGAGGAGCCCCCACAGGUGGAAGAGAACACAUUUGAGGUGCCUGCAGGGGAGAAGACGGACCGAGGUGUCUGUGCCAGGGCUCUAUACGACUACCAGGCUGCUGAUGACACAGAGAUCUCCUUCGAUCCUGAUGACAUCAUCACUGGCAUCGAGAUGAUUGACGAGGGCUGGUGGCGGGGCUACAGCCCAGACGGGCAUUUUGGAAUGUUCCCAGCCAAUUACGUGGAGGUUAUUUAGGUCCAUACCUCGCCCACUCACUAGAUCAGCAUAUUGGAGGCAGAAUAGAAAAGAUCCCCCCCCCCCCCCCCCAGAAGAAUUUGGCAGUAGGAAAAGUGCUUGGUCCAGAACUCAGCAGGUCAGAAGUAACUCAACAGUGAACCCUUUAGAAUAGUUUGCUGAACUGUAUCUGCCACAUUAUGGACCAAUAUAUGAACAAUAACCAUGGGACCAGGGGUCGCGCAAAUCUAUCCCUGUUGAAGGAAGCAAUUCAAUUAUGUUGUUGAUGUUGUGAGCCGUUAGAUGGCAUAGUUUAGGUUUUGAUGAAAACCCAUAUACUGGCCAACCCCAAACUGAAUCUCUCACCUUUUAAUGUGAUGCAGUAAAUUGUCAGGCUUUUUAGAUUUUUCAAUUCAAGUUUCCAUUGCGAACAUUAAUUGCACUUGUAGAUCACAUUCCUUAAAAAGUGAAUCCAGUUUUGUUCCAGAUAUACUAUUUUUGUUAUUUGUAGCAUUCACUCCUGUUGGGUUCAGGAUAAUAUUUCAUAGCUCACAUAAUGGUACCAACUAUGAUCUUUGGCCUUUUUUUGCCUUUUCCUCAGACUAAUAUUUUAUGUGAGUAUUUCUUUGUCAGAAAUGAUUUUGCUUGAAAGGAAUCCUGUGUGAAUUUCCAACAGUAGUUUGGUAUUGCAGUGGAAUUGAAUAUUAGAAAACCAAAAGGUUCUAUAUUUGCUAUGCUCUCUGGGUGGCUGAACUUGAGGGAAAAUAGGGGUGUAAAUAAUGACAAUCAUAUUCUUGUGAAAUAACUGUAUU